UGAAUAGUGUUGUCAUUUCAAAGUGUAAUUAAUUUCAAUUGCUUUUAACUUAUGUAUUAGCAAUACUUACUUUAGUUAUAUGUGUCAGUAUGUAAAUACUGUCUGCCAACUGACCAAUUGAUUAUAAUGUUUAUAUAAAAUGAGUGGUAAAUUAAUUUUUUAAAUGUAUAAUUUAUUUUUAUUAUAGAUUUCAUAAAAAUAUUCUUUGAUUUAUUGGACAUAAAUUAAAAUUGAUAGUUUUGUUACAACAAUUUGUUCAACAACUUUAAAUAUACCGGGAAGCGAUUUAAACAGUGAAAAAAAAUUUGCCUAUCAUUUUGAUAGUCAACUAAAUUUUAUGUAAAGUGAAAAAACUUAUGUAAAAACAUAUUUUAUAUGUGAAAAAUAUAUAUUAUGUGAUUAUGUUUUGCAAACAUUUAAAGCACUUUUCGCUAAUUUUUGUCAAACUUUUGAUAUUUGCAUUCAUCACAAGUCAUGUCAGUGAGGCGGCCACCUCAACCUAUACAGUUGUAGCGCCAAUUAAAUUGAGGCCAAAUGCCGAUUAUCACGUAAGUGUGUCAAUCUAUGACUCGCCCGCACCGGUCGAAGUGGACGUUACUGUGAGCGGUCCAUCUGAAGGCGGUCUAUUCAAUAGCGCCAGUAAGACUGUUGUUGUCAAUCCAUCGGAAACACGUAUAUUAAAUCUGGAAAUCGGCGAGUGGUCUAAAGGCAACUAUAAAUUAAUUGUCACCGGAAGGGGUGGUUUCCAGUUCAAGAAUGAAACAAAUCUCGAAUACCAACAGAAAAGUAUAUCGGUUUUUAUCCAAACAGAUAAGGCUAUCUAUAAACCGGGACAAUUGGUCCAAUUCAGAGCUGUUGUAGUUAAUCCCUUAUUGAGACCUACAGUCACCGGAUCUAUUGAUAUUUAUAUAAAGGAUGCAAAAGGAAACCGAAUUAAACAAUGGGAGAGAGUGUUCACAUCAAGAGGUGUUGUGUCUCAAGAGCUUCAACUGUCGGAUCAGCCAAUACUCGGUGAUUGGAGUAUAUUUGUCGAAAUAUUUGGUCAAAAAUUUGAAAAAUCGUUUACUGUAGCAGAAUAUGUGUUACCAACAUUUGAUGUCGAGGUCUUACUGCCCCCAUAUGCUACUUAUAAUCGGUCCGAUGUCGUGGCCACUGUUAAGGCUAUCUAUACGUAUGGAAAACCAGUUAAAGGAGAAGUGACUUUAACAGUACAGCCAAGAGUCAGAUAUAAUAUUUUGUCUGUGAGACCAUUAGAACAGUUCCAGACUAAGACAACCAUCGAUGGAAGUGUUGACAUACCCGUCAAUAUUGUUAGAGAUUUAAAUCUAAAGACAGAUUUCUUUGAGCGGGAAAUAGAGUUUUUUGCACUCGUGGAGGAAGGUUUGACGGGAAGAAAAUAUAAUAAGUCUAAUACUGUCAAAAUUCAUGAUAAAGAGGUUAAAGUGGAACUCAUAAAGACAUCCAAAACAUUUAAACCGGGACUCAAAUAUACGGCAUUUUUGAAAGUGGCCUUUCAGGAUGACAAACCUGUUGAUGAAAAUGGUCCUCCACUUAGACUUAGAUACGGCUUCUCAUACAAUGAUGAAGAGUGGAACAACACAUUAUUAUUAACUCCUGUUAAUGGAAUUAUUAAUCUUGAAAUAUAUCCGCCAAAAAAUAAGGAUAUCUUAGUUAUGGGUCUCAGAGCUGAAUAUAGAGGACAAACAUAUUAUUUUGAAAGCAUAGAGAGCGCACAGUCGCCUUCAAAUAAUUUUAUUCAAAUUAUUAAAGUUGACAAAAAUGAUGCCAAAGUUGGAGAAGAGAUCAGAUUUAUGGUUAACUCUACUGAACCUCUUAAUAGAAUUGUUUAUGAAGUUAUGGGAAGAGGAGAUAUAGUAUUAGCCCGAAGUAUUGAUGUACCCAACAGUCCUUUCUUUGAGUUCAGUUUAAUGGCCACUCAAAGAAUGGCACCAAAUGCUCGUAUAGUUUGCUAUUAUGUCCGCAAAGAUAAUCAAGAAGUGGUGGCCGACGCUCUAAACUUUGAUGUCGACGGAGUGUUUCAAACCCAAGUGACAAUUAAUACAAAUGUCAAACAAACAAAACCGGGUGCUAUGGUUAAUGUGAGGGUCGAUACCAAACCUAAUGCAUACGUUGGUGUCCUCGGUAUUGAUCAGAGCGUAUUGUUACUGAAAUCGGGUAAUGAUAUAACACAACAGGAUGUGAUCAAUGAGUUGCAAACAUAUGACACGGGAAAGACAUCUAACAGACAUUUCGCGCGAUGGUAUCGUAACAAGCGGUCACUUUGGUGGCCGGGAUCUUCAACUACAGGGGAGAUAUUCGACGACUCGGGUGUUGUCAUACUAUCCAAUGGACUCGUCCACAGGACUCUACAAUUACGAAACGGAAAAAGAUUGUUUUACGGAGCAAAUAGAGAAGGAGUCAUUGUUAUGAAUGCUCCCCGUCCUCAGGUGUCGACCACUGAUAAUAUAAGACUCGAUGACUUUAUUCUUGAGGAAAGACUACAACCGCCAGACUUUCAUUUGUAUAAAAAGCCAAAAACUCGAAUAGUUUUACGAAAAGAGUUUCCCGAAACAUGGCUUUGGACUAAUCAAACAGCCGGUUCCGAUGGAAGUGCUAUAAUCACGAGUGCAAUCCCAGACACCAUAACCUCUUGGUUUAUAAGUGCCUUUGCAAUGGAUCACGUGACAGGUUUGGGUAUUGCAUCCAACAGUGCAAAGGUUACCGUUUUUCGACCGUUUUUCGUAAAGUUGUCUCUUCCUUAUUCAAUCAUAAGAGGCGAAUCCAUAGCACUUCAGGCCAUAGUUUUUAAUUAUUUUAAUAAACCAAUUGAAGCAGAAGUCGUAAUGGAUAAUCGUAACGACGACUUUAUCUUUACAAAUGCUGCAAAUGAUAUCAAUUUUGCUGAACCUAACAGUCAGUUACAGCGCAAGAAAUAUGUAUCGAUUGGAGCCAAUGAUGGAGUGGCCGUCACUUUCUUGAUAACACCAAAAAAGACCGGUUAUAUUGAUAUCAAAGUGACGGCUACGGCACCUAAUGCUGGAGAUUCCAUAUUAAGAAAAUUGUUGGUCAAACCUGAAGGUCAAACACAAUACUUUAAUAAAGCAAUUCUUGUGGAACUCAAAGAUCCAAACAGAUCUCCUCAAGAAGUCAAAAGAAAUAUAUCGAUUGCGAUCCCAAACAAUGCAGUUCCUGAUUCUCAAAGAGUAAGUAUCUCAGGAAUUGGAGAUAUUUUAGGUCCGACUGUCAAUAAUUUAGACGAUUUGCUUCGUAUGCCAUACGGUUGUGGCGAACAAAAUAUGCUUAAUUUUGUUCCCAAUAUUGUUGUAUUGGAUUACUUGAGUCGAGCCAAUCGUUUGACUCCAGCCAUCAAAUCUAAAGCCAUCUCUAAUAUAGAAAGCGGUUAUCAAAGGGAACUGACUUACAGACGAGAUGACGGUUCGUUCAGUGCAUUUGGAAACAGUGACAGAAGUGGCAGCACGUGGUUGACUGCAUUUGUCAUCAAAUCAUUCAUUCAGGCAAAACCUUUGGUAGAUAUCGACCAGAAAGUGAUCGACAAAUCAAUCGAAUGGUUAUUAAAUAGACAGAAAUCUGACGGCAGUUUCAGUGAACCGGGAGAAGUACACUAUAAGCCAAUGCAAGGCGGAGGUAGCACUGGAUCGGCUCAGUUGGCCGCUUAUGUAUUGAUUGCUAUACUUCAGGAUAAAAAUUCUAAAAGAGAAAGAAAGGUUGAAAUAUCAAAAACUGAGAGUUUUAUAUGGAAUGAGAUGACAACCUCACGAAAUCCAUACAAUUUAGCGAUCAUUACUUAUGCCUUACAUUUAGCUGACAGUCCAUACCGUGAAAGUGCAUUCAAUCGUUUGAUAGGUUUCGCCAAAAAGAGUACAGACUAUAUGUGGUGGGAGGAGGACAGGGAGGAAGCAACAAAUCAAACGGACAAACAAUCGGCACAUUUUUUCUAUCCGAGAUCUAAUGAUAUUGAGAUGACAUCCUAUGCAUUGUUGACUUUAGUGGCCAGAAGUGACUUAGAAAAUGCCGUUCCAGUGCUUCGUUGGCUUAUUUCCAAACAAAACUCAAACGGCGGCUUCUCUUCAACUCAGGACACAGUUAUCGGCAUUCAAGCGUUGGGAGGAUUAGCACAAAGGAUAUCAACGACAACCGUCUCAUUGAAUGUUGAUUUCAAUUAUAAAGCCGACGACAGAAGGGACACAAAAAAUAUGCGAAUCGAUAGCAAUAAUGCCAUUAUUUUACAGCGCAUUGAACUUCCCGUUUCAACCAAAUAUGUUGAGGUCGAAGCUACGGGAUUUGGUGCGGCCAUUGUUCAGAUCUCAUGGCAAUACAAUUUAGCCGUUUCUGCUGAACAACCAGCAUUCUUCUUGAAUCCAAUUAUCGAUAAGACAUCGACUGAUAAUUACCUGCAAUUAAGUGUUUGCACUCAUUACAAAGAGGGAAACACUACUAAUAUGGCAGUCAUGGAAGUGGAACUGCCCUCAGGAUAUGUAGCCGAUGUUGAAGCUCUGCCAAGUAUUACACGGGAUAAGCAUAUCAAGAGAAUAGACACAUCCAAUGGUGACACUAAUGUCAUCAUCUAUUUUGAUAGAAUAUCAAGAGAUGAGAUAUGUUUGACAGUUCCGGCCCAUAGAACACAUAGAGUGGCCAACAAUAAGCCGGUGCCGGUCACUGUCUAUGACUAUUAUAACAGACAGGAAACAUCUCGUAUUUUAUAUGAGCCUAAACUCGUAACCUUUUGUGACUUAUGUCGGACAACAAGUGAUGAGCCGUCGUGUCAAAGAUGUUCACAAACCGAUGAUAUCGACAAUAAUGAGAUAACGGACGGAGAAAGUGGCAAAUAUAGGUCAUCGGCCACAACAAUGACGAGUGGGUGGCUGUCGUUGUCGUUGUUGUUGUUAGUGAUAGUUAACCCAAUUAAGCACUACUUGUACUAAAUCUGGUCAAUAAUGGCUUUUCUGUCAAUAUUGUAAUCUAUCAUUGAUUUUAAUCAUACAUUUUUUAAUCUCAUUUAAUUCAUUGUAUCAUAAUUUUGAUAAUUUUUAAUAAAUUAUAUUUAU